AAGCAACAGCCAACAGAGAGGGAAAAGGAAAAGAAGGAAAAGAAAAUGACGAAAAAUAAAGCGAAGUAAAAGCGGGGGCAGAGGAAUCGAGAGUCGGCGCCUGCGUUCUCGCCGACCAAAAUCAGCACGUCUUUUUCGCCCACUCCCUCGCACCAUCGCCAACUCUCUUCUCUCGGGCACUUUAAAUCCAUUACUCUUCCUUGAUUUGGCUUCUUAGUUGUUUAGGUUCUUUAGCUCCCCAUCCCCUCCCCCUUCUGUGUAGUGAGCUCUUCCGAAAAUUUUUGCCAUCGGAAGAUGCCCGGGGUUUUAGAUUAGGCUUUUCUGAUCUAGAGUUUUAUAUAUUUUGUUUCUCGUUUUUCCCUGAUUAAUUAUUGUUUGCUUUUGUUAUUUGGGUCUUUGAUUUUUGGAUUUGAAUCAUGAGGGGUAAUGUCGUUGAUCACUCUGUGAUUGAGAGGACUGAGGAUGUUGAUAAGGAGAAGAAGAAGAAGCGUCGGCCAAAUCGACGCUGCAAGCAGAACUCUCCUGCUUCGGGUUAUUCUUCAUCAAAGCAGUAUGGGUUAGACCUCCAUGGUUCCAACGAGCAUGGAUUAUCCAAAGCAUCAAAGGUUGCCUUCAAUUCUAUGCCAAUAAUGCAUUUAAAUGAACGAGUUUACCUGGGGGAGGACAGAGUUGUGCAAAAUCAGCUCCUAAUUCUGUCAGAUCUUGGCCAAAGGAUGUACCCAAAAUCAUGUCCUGUGGAAAUUGCUUGUGAAGAGGCAAUUGGAUUUUCUAUGGGCGAUGAUUUUCCUCCUCCCCAUCAGAAUGGUGGGGAUGAUGCUCAGAGGAAAUUUUUUGCUCGACACUGGUCCAUAGAGGCUGUUAGUGAGGCAUUAGAGAGAGGAGAUCUUUUCAAAGCAAUUUUUCGUGUUAAUGCUUACAACAGACUUGAGGCCUACUGCACAAUUGAUGGAGUAAAGUCAGAUGUUCUCAUUAGUGGAAUUGCUGCACAAAACAGAGCUGUGGAAGGGGACAUUGUGGUGAUUAAAGUGGAUCCAUUGUCAUCAUGGACAAGGAUGAAGGGGUCAAGCGGGCCUUUGAACAAUUCUGGUCCAAUGGAAGAACGUAAUUUGCUCCCUGAAGGUACUGGAAAUUUUGGUGAUAGCUGCAAAGGAAAAAAUAAGGUUGAUGCUGAUUAUGAGUCUAUCCAUGGUGUAAAUUGUUCAUUUCUUCCUGAAGAGGGUCCUUGUUAUGAGGAUAGUACUUUAUCUGGUGCUACUGUUCAGGAAUGGAUUGGAGCAAUGGAUUAUUAUGAUGCUAAUGGUCAUCGUCACUCAGCUUCCGACCCUUCACAUGUAGGUUGCGCUGAUGAGUGGAAUGGAAGUAUGAAUGGAUUGGAGAAGAUUUGUGCUGCAGUUAGUUCAUUUCCUUUUAAACGACCAACGGGAAGGGUUGUAUCAAUUAUUGAAAAGUCUCCUCGGCGGAAUGCUGUUGUUGGUUUUCUUAGUGCACAGAAGGGGCAUUCUUAUAGAGAAGCUCACAAAAAAGACAUGAACAACAAAAAGAACUCAUUCUCAUUUUCCAGCAAGUACAUCCAGUUAACACCGAUGGACCCAAAAUUUCCAAAGAUGAGGGUCCCUGUGGAAGGCUUGCCUGAUUGCAUCAAGAAUCGAUUGGAGGAUGGUGAUGCAACAGUGGAAACGGAACUUGUGGCUGCAAGAAUAGAUGACUGGUGUGAAGAGAGUCCUGUGCCACAAGCCCAGGUUAUGCAUAUUUUCGGACAGUGUGGGGAAAUAGAACCUCAUAUUGCUGCUAUUUUAUUUGAAAAUGCAAUACAAUGUUCUGAAUUCUCAUCUGAAUCACUUUCCUGUCUUCCACGCAUUCCUUGGGAGGUGCCCUCAGCAGAAUAUGCAAGUAGAAGAGAUCUUAGAAAUCUCUGCAUAUUUACUAUUGACCCUUCCACAGCAACUGACCUGGAUGAUGCUCUAUCGGUUGAAAGGUUGUCCAAUGGCAUUUCUAGAGUAGGCGUCCACAUUGCUGACGUAUCAUAUUUUGUUCAACCAGACACAGCAUUAGACAUAGAAGCUCAAAUUCGGUCUACAAGUGUCUAUAUUUUGCGGCGUAAACUACCAAUGUUGCCACCAUUGCUUUCUGAGAAUAUUGGUUCACUUAUUCCUGGAGUAGAUAGACUUGCUUUUUCUAUCUUCUGGGACAUCAAUCUAGCUGGGGAUGUUGUAGAUCGUUGGAUUGGUCGUACUGUGGUGCGAUCUUGUUGUAAGCUUUCCUAUGAACAAGCUCAGAACAUUAUUGAUGGCCUGCUUGAUGUUGAGAGUUUAAAAUCACCAGGAGAUGAUUACCCCCAGUUACAUGGUCCUUUUGAUUGGCUUGAUGUAAUUCAGUGUGUUAAAGUUCUGUCGGAAAUUUCCAAAACUUUGAAGGAUAACAGGUUUAAUGAUGGUGCUCUUAGGCUGGAAAAUUCAAAAGUUGUCUUCUUAUUUGAUGAAGAUGGAGUUCCAUAUGAUAGUAUGCUUUGUGAACGGGUGGACUCAAACUUUCUCAUUGAGGAGUUUAUGCUUCUGGCAAAUAGGACUGCCGCAGAAAUCAUAUCUAGGGUUUUUCCUGAUAGUGCAUUAUUGCGUAGGCACCCUGAACCUGAUAUGCGGAAGCUUAGAGAGUUUGAAGCAUUUUGUAGGAAGCAUGGCUUAGAAUUGGAUGCUUCUUCUUCUGGCCAGCUUCAUCAUUCCUUGGAGAGAAUUAAGGAAGAGCUUAAGAAUGAUUCUGUAUUGUUUGAUAUUCUCAUUUCGUAUGCUUUGAAGCCAAUGCAAUUGGCUACAUACUUCUGCAGUGGGGAUAUCAAACCCACUGAAAAUGAUUGGGGUCAUUAUGCUCUGGCUGUUCCCAUCUACACUCAUUUUACCUCACCACUGCGUAGGUAUCCUGAUAUUAUUGUACAUCGGUCAUUGGCUGCAGCUAUGGAGGCUGAAGAUAUGUAUCUUAAAAAUAGAAAAACAUUGCAAAAAGCAAACAGGGAGGAGGAAAUGAAUAGAUGUUUUACUGGUAUGAAUUUUGAUAAAGAUGCUGCAGAUUCCAAGGAAGGUCAGGAAGCUUUAUUGGCUGCGGCAUUGAAGCACCGAAUUUCAUGCACCGAAGUUCUUUCAGAUGUUGCUGCUCAUUGCAAUGAGAGAGGAUUGGCUAGUAGGCAUGCGAAGGAUGCCUGUGAUAGGUUGUACAUGUGGAUUUUCCUGAAGAAGAAAGGGAUUCUCUUGUCAGAAGCUAGAGUACUGGGCCUGGGACCAAGAUUCAUGUCCAUCUAUAUUCCCAAGCUAGCUAUUGAACGACGUAUUUACUAUGAUGAUGUUGAAGGGUUGAUGGUGGAAUGGCUGGAUACUACGUCUACAUUGGUGCUUAGUUUCUCUAUGAAUAAACGCUUCCAGAGGCGAGGUGGCCCAGGCAAAUACAGAACACUCGAAGAUGUUGCAUGGGUAAUUAGUCCAUACUACCUGAAGCCGGAGAUGGACGUGUUAGAAGACUCUGUUGGCGAGGGCUGUGCAACACAAAUUGGAAAAGAUGCGGAUUUAGGAUUCCAGGAUCCAGAGCCCAUCAUGACCUAUGGUGUUUCUGAUGUUGAUCCCUUAGUUUUCCCCGUCACCCUGCGUCUCUUGUCAACUAUCCCUGUGGCGCUGUGUGCUGUUGGUGGGAAUGAUGGACCUGUUGAUAUAGGGGCAAGGCUGUACAUUGGGUCAUAUUUUGGGUAUGGCGGGAAGCCAUAGGCCCAUAGAAGUGUUGCAAGUGGCUCAAACUUUGGAAAAUCGAAGAGAAAGGAAAAAACAGAUUUCCAUUUCAAAGGUGGGUCUGUUGUAGAUACGGGAUUACUGUAUAGAGCAAGUAGAGUAGUUUGUAGGAGAAAAAAAAUUGAAGGCUUAAAAAUUGCUGCGGUGGUACGCAAUUGUCUGAUCGUCAGUAUGAACAUCUAGUAGGAGAUGUAGGUAAAGGUGGGGCUUUUACUGCAACUGGUAUAGUAGCUGAUUUUAGCAAAAGCUACUUACAGAAACGGACCUUUGUUUUUGUGGGGGCUGUUUCCAUCGGUUGUAACCUUGUCAACUCGUGUUCAUUUCUGGUUCCGUAUGACCAAACUGGUUUACAACUCAUGCUGUAUUGUUAAUGUGUUGUAGGAUAGAGCCCCUAUAUUUUCUGCUUCUUGGGUUUAUUGUUCUUGAGACAUCUGAUUCUUGCCUCUUUUGUACGUCUCAUCUUGGUUUAAUCUAGUCUUUACUCCCCCUCA